AUGGAAGAAACAAUCGCCGAGCUACGACGUCAGCUUGAGGAGGAGAGACAGGCACGAGAGGAAGAGAGACAGGCACGAGAAGAAGCAGAGCGCCGUGAGGAGGAAGAGAGACGGGCGCGAGAAGAAGCAGAACGGCGUCUCCAACCCAACACCUUAUUUCGCCUUCUCGAUCGCUGCCAUGACUCUCUGUCUCAAGCGAUCCGAAUCGAGACGGAUGCGACCCUCACGACUCAAGGCGACGCGACCGACCCACUCCAGGAGCAAGUUUGGAGGAAAUUCGACCGCACGGCCGCCUUUACCUCGCGCCCCCUCUUCCCUUCUGAUACCCAAAUAGAUUAUGUCGUUACGAAUAUCCAGAACAGGCCGAUUUAUUCGGAAGCGUCCCUUCGAAAUUUUGAGCGAGACACGGUGGAUAAUUUUGUUGAAUUGAUUAUCAAGGCGUUGCGAGAUGAUGAAGUCUUUCGUCGUGAGCUUGGAAUCCAGGGCCAAGUCACCUUUUACGACCGCGCGAACCCAUCGGAAACUUCGCUGAAGAACAGCUUGGAGCAAAUGAAUCUUCAGGACGUGCGAACGCCCCAACGACUCGCGAACACUAGGCCUGGAAGAGGCAGAGGAAGGGGAAGAGGAGCGGCGCAGGGAAAGAAGAGGGAUGGCACUGCACGAAGACGCAAUCGUCGUGCAGACCAGUUCUGCGUGCACCUUGUGGCCGAUGAACGACAAAUCCCAGUGUAUGCGGUGGAAUUCAAAGCGCCGCACAAGGUGACAAUCCCCGAGCUGGUGGCGGGUUUACAUCAGAUACAUCUGGCGCGCGAUGUCAUAGACCAGGAAGGUGACACGUUUGAGUUUUAUGCCACCUGCCUCGUCGCCGCUGUGGUCACUCAGAUAUUCUCAUAUAUGAUCGACAGUGGGGUUCCAUACGGUUACAUCUGCACAGGGGAGGCUUUUGUUUUUCUCCAUAUCCCGAAGGAUGAUCCCACAGUUGUUCAAUAUUUCUUGUGUAUCCCGAAUCAGGACGUGCAGGCGGACGAUGAAUGGCGCCUCCACCGGACCGCCAUCGGUCAGGUGCUUGCAUUCACCCUUCAAGCGCUAGCCGCCGAAGCUCCGUCUCAAGAGUGGCAUGAUACGGCACGCGACGAGCUAAAGACCUGGAAGGUCGAAUACCUGGACGUGUUGAGAAAAAUUCCCGAAACGCUCCGUAAAGACCCCCAGCCUCCAAUUAUCGACCAUCGCACUGGAAACUAG